AUGGAGAGCCGAGCGGACUCUGAUUUGGACGCCAUCGACGCGGCGCCUCUCGAGUCCCAGAGAACGCCCACGUCGCAGAGGACCUGCAGCUGCGACACCGUCGACGCCGUCGCGGCGGACAGGGAACGCGGCGACCUUCGCAAGUAUCGCAGCACCGACUCCAGGUGGAUCGACGGCAGUUUCCUGUCUCCCGACGACGCGAUCUGGGACCUCAGGAGACGCACCAGCGAGGGAACGGAGUUUCGAUGGGCUCUACACACGUCCAGCACCGACUUGGACCUGGUGAAGAAAACGAAAUGCAGCUGCCACAGUCUCACGCCCGAGGAGAAGAAGCCGCAGGACAUACAGCGAGGCGACCUGAGGAAACACCACAGUGCGGAAACGGACAAGUGGUCGGUCAAGCCGGACUACCUGAAGACGCCGAUGCACGACCUGAGGAAGCACAGCAGCGACGACACCAGAAUGGCCAGGGAAGCCAGGUGGCUUCAAGUUCCGGAAGUGUUGCCCAAUCCGAAACCGAGAUGCACGUGUCCAAAAUCGAAGGUGUUGGCGCCUUCGCCGCCGGCGGAACCGCCGAAACAGCAGCAGCAGCAACAACCGCCGGAACCACCGGAGAAACCCGUCGUACAGGAGCCGGAGAGGAAGCUCUACUACUCCGUGUCGUUGAACGUCGAACGAACGGAAGAACCGCCCGCCGCGCCCGUUCCAGAGAAACCGGAAUUGAAGAAGCACGCCAGCGAGGACACAAGGCUAGUGAGGACCGAGAGAGUCCGGGAGAGACCGAAGCUGGAACGAUCUCGCGCGAGAGUCGACAGUCAAACGUCGAAGAAAUGGGGCGCCAAGGAAAAGGUGGUCAGCCCGGAGGAGGGGAAAAGACCUCGACCGAAGUGGGCGAUGAAACCGCACUUCUCCUUGCCCGUCGAGAAGAAGGACUCGAAAUGGAGGAGCCAGGACUCCACGGAGGGAUUCAAGAGCAAAAGCUUGAAAGAACGGCCAAAGUACAGCAUCCGAAGGAGCUUGUCGCCGGAGCCGGUGGCUGAUCCCCGUCAGAUAACGAAGCUGGAGAACAGAAUCGUGCGGCGACUGAUAUCUCCGGAAAUCACCAUCACGGAUGCCAAGUGGGCUCCUUACGAGGACGCUUCGCCGUUGCCAACGAUCGGGAUCAAGAAACGCGAACCGAAGCACAUCAGCGAGAUCAAGUGGACCCCUUACGAGGGAUCACCGCCGGCGGACGGCGGCAGAGGCGAUAGUUUCGCGGUUCAAGAGCCCGAAGAAUCGAAAUCUUGGUCACCGUUCCACAACGUGACGCCCACCCAUCAUCCACCUCCAGAGGCGACGCCUUGCAGAAGCGACGACGAAGAUUUCCGAUGGAGGAUCCUCAACCAGGUAUCGGCGUUCCCGAUCUAUCAGGGCGGCUGGAAAGACGAGUCACCGGAAAGGACACCACCUAGAAAGUUACAAUCACCCGUGGAUCUGUCUCCGCCGAUUUGGUCGCCUCUGGUUCCGGCUACUCCUGUCAAGAGACAGAGAUCCCAGCAACAGUAUUCUCCGCCUCCGCCGGUUCAACGGAAGAGCAUCGUCAAGGGCCGUGGCUUGUCGAAGAAGAAGGCUCUGAGAGCCAGGUCGGAGAGUCAUCAGGUCGAGAGCGAUAGACUGAUGCCGCCCGCGGUGAUCGUUCGUGCGGCGAGCGAGGAGCCAAAGAGCCGCCAAAGACCGCAGUUGAUGAGAUCGAAGGCUUUGUUAGAGGUCCCUGUGCCGAUAGGGAUUACGAAGAGAUCGUUAAGCGAGGAAGUGCCCCGUAUGCGAAGCCGUGAACGGCCACGUGCUCCCAAUAGAGCUCGCAGCGAGGAGGUACCCAAGUACGAAGACCCGUGGUUCGCUAACGACAGGCUGGCAGCUGAGACGACCGAGUUGCGUGAAUACGUGACUACGGUGACACGCGAACCGAAGCACAUCAGCGAGAUCAAGUGGACCCCUUACGAGGGAUCACCGCCGGCGGACGGCGGCAGAGGCGAUAGUUUCGCGGUUCAAGAGCCCGAAGAAUCGAAAUCUUGGUCACCGUUCCACAACGUGACGCCCACCCAUCAUCCACCUCCAGAGGCGACGCCUUGCAGAAGCGACGACGAAGAUUUCCGAUGGAGGAUCCUCAACCAGGUAUCGGCGUUCCCGAUCUAUCAGGGCGGCUGGAAAGACGAGUCACCGGAAAGGACACCACCUAGAAAGUUACAAUCACCCGUGGAUCUGUCUCCGCCGAUUUGGUCGCCUCUGGUUCCGGCUACUCCUGUCAAGAGACAGAGAUCCCAGCAACAGUAUUCUCCGCCUCCGCCGGUUCAACGGAAGAGCAUCGUCAAGGGCCGUGGCUUGUCGAAGAAGAAGGCUCUGAGAGCCAGGUCGGAGAGUCAUCAGGUCGAGAGCGAUAGACUGAUGCCGCCCGCGGUGAUCGUUCGUGCGGCGAGCGAGGAGCCAAAGAGCCGCCAAAGACCGCAGUUGAUGAGAUCGAAGGCUUUGUUAGAGGUCCCUGUGCCGAUAGGGAUUACGAAGAGAUCGUUAAGCGAGGAAGUGCCCCGUAUGCGAAGCCGUGAACGGCCACGUGCUCCCAAUAGAGCUCGCAGCGAGGAGGUACCCAAGUACGAAGACCCGUGGUUCGCUAACGACAGGCUGGCAGCUGAGACGACCGAGUUGCGUGAAUACGUGACUACGGUUUAA